CCAGGGCUGGGCUGGGCCCCCUUUUCAUAUAAAUACGCUGGCCGCCUGGAGGUUCGGGUUUGGUGGUUGGGGCUUGGGACCAGCGACCACCACUGCUGCUGCUGUCUUCCUCAGGGGAGUCUCCUCCGCAUACUCACCAUCCUCAUCCUGGUCAUCACUGUUCUGGGUUUCCAAGAUGCCUCGAGUGGAUGCAGACCUCAAGCUGGACUUUAAGGAUGUCCUUUUCAGACCCAAGAGGAGCAGCCUGAAGAGCCGCUCAGAGGUGGAUCUUCAGAGGACCUUUACAUUCCGCAACUCCAAACAGACCUACACUGGCAUCCCCAUCAUCGCUGCCAACAUGGACACCACGGGGACGUUUGAGAUGGCACAAGUCCUCAGCAAACACACCCUGUUCACAGCUAUUCAUAAACACUACUCUGUAGAAGACUGGAAAAACUUUGCUGCUAGUCAUCCAGAAUGUUUAGAGCAUGUAGCGGCUAGCUCAGGAAGCAGCAAUGCAGAUCUGGAGAGGCUGUGUGCCAUCCUGGAGGCCGUGCCUGCCCUCAAGUACAUCUGUCUGGACGUGGCCAACGGCUACUCCGAGUACUUUGUGGAGUUUGUCAAGACGGUCAGAGGAAAGUUCCCCAAACACACCAUCAUGGCCGGUAACGUGGUAACAGGGGAGAUGGUGGAGGAACUCAUCCUGUCUGGGGCUGACAUCAUCAAAGUGGGCAUCGGGCCAGGUUCUGUGUGCACGACAAGAAUCAAGACGGGAGUGGGCUACCCACAGCUCAGUGCUGUGAUAGAGUGUGCAGACUCAGCCCAUGGACUCAAAGGACACAUCAUCUCUGACGGCGGCUGUAGUUGCCCAGGAGAUGUAGCCAAAGCCUUUGGUGCUGGGGCAGAUUUUGUAAUGAUGGGAGGGAUGCUGGCGGGCCACGACCAGUGCUCUGGGGAGGUGAUUGAGAAGAACGGGAAGAAAUACAAACUCUUCUACGGCAUGAGCUCUGACACGGCCAUGAAGAAGUACGUCGGUGGGGUUGCUGAGUACAGGGCGUCCGAGGGGAGGACGGUGGAGGUUCCCUACAGAGGAGACGUGGAAAACACCAUCCGCGACGUGCUGGGAGGACUCCGCUCCACCUGCACCUACGUGGGCGCCGCCAAACUCAAAGAGCUGAGCAGGAGAACCACCUUCAUCCGAGUCACGCAACAGUCCAGCCAAAUGUUCACCCAGUAGGAGGGAAAACACCCCUCAAACAUGUCUCAUGCAGAGUCCUCAUGUGCAGCAGUAGGACUGUGUCCUAACACAUACAUGCACUUCACCUUCAUGAUCACACAACCUGUUUCUCUCAGGAUAUCUGCUCUCACAAAGCCCGCAACUAAAUUAAACCCAAAGUUCAACUUGAAGUCCCCCAGAGGGGUCGCAGCACUCAGCAUUCAACUUAUUCUUACAGCGAGUGCGUUUACAUGCUUACCAAAAUGUACCGUUGUAAUAUACAGGUAUCAUGUUUUUGGAUGUGCAAAAAAUAAUAAUCAUUUAUAACCACCUGGAUGCUUCCUAGUUUUGGGACAGAAGAACACAGAUGUAUCAGAAGUCUUCACAGCAGUUGGGGUGUUUCUAUAUCAACAGCAUAUCAGAACGUGUUGAUGUGAGAUGCAUGUAAACACACUCAGCAUGAGGAAGCUGAAACCAGUGCUAAGAUCAUUAUGGGGAAACUACUGUACUGAGCUGUAUUUUGAAAUGAAUGUGCAAAUGCAAUAUGCAAGAUCCAGAGACUCCUCCCUUUAAGCGUCACUGGAGGACUCAUGUCGCAAUAAACUGCAUGCAGAACCCUCUGCUGACUUCCUCA